UGAUAGCUCAGCCCGUUUAAUAUUUCCGGUCACGGGUCCGAUCCAGCCGCCUGCUUCGACUUCUCUUCUCUUCACAAGUCACAAGGAAGAAAGGAUACAGGGAGAGAGGGCCACACCACCAUCCCCAGCCGCAGCCGAGCCGAGGUUUUCCUCCGACGAGCGAAACCAAGCCGCAUCAACCCCCCACGCGCACCAAUGGACGCGACCGCGGCGGCGGCCGGAGGAGGAGAUGGGACGCAGAGGACACUGAACCCUUAUGUGACUGGUAACUCGGUGAUUGCAAUGAAAUACAAGGAUGGUGUGAUCAUGGCAUGUGAUACUGGAGCCUCCUAUGGGUCAACUUUGCGAUACAAGAGUGUGGAGCGUAUCAAGGCGGUUGGAAAGCAUAGCCUUAUUGGAGGGAGUGGGGAGUUCAGUGAUUUCCAGGAGAUUUUGCGCUAUCUGGAUGAAUUAACUUUGAAUGAUCAUAUGUGGGAUGAUGGGAACUCAUUGGGCCCCAAGGAAAUCCAUGCCUACCUGACAAGAGUAAUGUACAACAGGCGCAAUAAGUUUGACCCUCUAUGGAACUCCCUGGUGCUUGGUGGAGUGAAAAAGGGCCCAAAGGGCGAUGAGAAGUAUCUUGGCAUGGUUAACAUGAUUGGUACACACUUUGAGGAGAACCACAUUGCCACUGGAUUUGGGAACCAUAUGGCAAUCCCAAUACUUCGUGGUGAAUGGCGCGAGGACAUGACUUUUGAAGAAGCCGUUAAGCUGAUUGAGAAGUGCUUGCUGGUCCUGCUGUACCGUGACCGGUCAUCCAUCAACAAAUUCCAGAUUGCCAAGAUCACGACCGAGGGAUCAACCAUCUACCCGCCGUAUGCUCUGAAGACCAACUGGGGGUUUGCCGCCUUUGAGAACCCGUCCAAGGGUGCUGUAGGAACAUGGUAGGCCAUGAGCUUGGAAACGAAGCAAACUGUGCUGCUGAAACAGUUUCAGCCCUUGUGAGCGUUUGAUCCGAAUAUGACUGAAGUCCACAUUUGCUCUGUAUGACAUGUUUAUAAUUUGACUUAAAAGUCUUUGUGAACGUUUAA